AUGUUCGAUUAUCGUUCUCGUAAAAUUCUAUCAUUGAUUUUAGUUGGUCUCAUUCUUCUUUUUGCAAUAUAUGUUCUUCAUAAUGCCUCCAUAAUUCAAAAUUUUACUAGAAAAAUCCGAAAAGGAAUAUUUACAACAUCAUCUACUCGUUCUUAUUCUGGUCGAAAAUCACUGACUCCAACAUGGCCUUAUUCUGGACCAUUUUUGAAUAGUGCACCAAGUGAAGCAUUUGUCACAUUUAGUAAUAAUAAUCCAAAGUAUCUUGCUCUUCUGACCAACGUACUCGAUACUGUUCAUCUUUUUUCAACACGCCCUAUUAUAGCCUAUGGAGUCGAUGUUGAUCUAGAUCUUGAUACUGUCAAAUAUCCACGACUAAUCAAACGACGUUUAAGUCAAAAAGAUUGUGGACCAUCCAUUUAUUUUUGUAAAAUCUAUGCGAUUGUGGAAAGUCAAGUUGAUUAUGGAAUAUAUAUUGAAGCUGAUACUUUAGUUAAUUGGAAUGUUGAUAUUCUUUUCGAUGUUCUUCAUCGAUGGCCGUAUCCAUUGCCGCUUGCACCUCGUCAUCCUGAUGAUCCUAAUAACUAUUUGAAUUUUUUAACUCAAUUUAAACUUGGUUUAAAAAAUCGUACUACACCAUACAUACAUGCUCAUAUAUUAUGGAAUUAUCGCGCGUAUCCAUUUCUUCAACGAGCUGUCAAUCUGUUGCGUCAAGGCCAAUUUAUGGGUGCUAACUUUGACGAAACAGCUAUCAAUAUUCUUCUGUGGCAAGCUAAAUCAAAUCAUACACUAUGCAAAGUAGAUCCAUAUGUUAGUUAUUUGUCUUCUUAUGAAUUGAGCGAACAGAUAUGUAAAACAUAUUGUCAUACGGCAUACAUUCUUAUUCAUGGUGCUAAAGAUCCAACAGACAUGGCUAAUAUAAUAGUACGAUUAAAAAACCAUACUGGAUCACCAUUUGUUCAAACUCCUAAGCAUGGAUUCCAUUAUUUGAACGAGACGCAAUAUACAUGUUGUUAUCCAGAUAGUCAUCCAUCGUCUAUGCAUCCACUUCUAUGUGAACAUCGAAUAUAG